AUGACUUCGACUCUAAGCCCAACGACUUCAUCUUCCUUAAGUCUCUCGAACGGCGGGCUGACGAUUGCUAUUCUUCCUCUCACUGGUAUGACUGUCACAGCAACUGCUGUGCCUCCCACGACAGGCCUAGCAGUUGUUGACGGCACGACCAACGCCUUCCGCUCAGAUGGCAUCACUCUUUUCGAUGGACAAGUCUUCAGCUUAGUUUUCGAUGGCUUGGUCGACAGUUCAACCACGGCCCAUUGGACCAGCGUAAGCCUAUCUACGUCACUCCCCGAAGCACAUCAAGACCUUCGAAGAAGACAGGACACCGAAGGAGCUUCAACACCCAAGGAUCGACCCAUUCAGGUCGAAGAGCCGCAAACGUCCUCAGUGCCACCCGAUAGCCCGACGAAUGCAUAUUCAAGCACUGCCAUCAGCUUGAGCUCGCCGACUCCGAGCUCGUACACUGGUCCUGGUGGCACGGAGGGCUUGACGCAAACGACCGCUACAUCCACUACGCUGACAGGCACCCCUACUUCGCAGGCCACCUCUUCGAUUACGAUCACUAGCGAGACUACACUGACUACUGCUACCGGGACAAAGACAGUCACGAGUAGCGCCACCCAGUCUGGAUCGAGCGCGACUUCCAGUGCUGGAGCUGCUGGUCUUGUGCAACAGCAGUUGAGCAUUGAAGGGUGGAUAGUCGCUGCUCUGGGUCUACUUGCGACUUCAGUGCUCUUCUGCUACGUUCUGGUGUAUAUCGUCUCCAAUGAGGACGGACGGACUUCUUCUUCGAAAAUAUGGAUGAAGAGGGAUCACACUUGA